UUGUGAGCUGGAGUUAAACAUUAACUGAAGCUUUGCUGACCCGCUGCUUCACCUGAAACGCACUAACUACACCUGAAGCGCCGAUCGGCUCUCAGUUUCCUCUCAGACUUCGGGCUUAACUCCUGUUUUGUUCCUCACCACGUUGUUUUGUCUUCAGUCAGAGCAGAGAAGCUGCGAUGGAAAAGCUGCCAGCCAUUUCCUGUUUGCUGCUGGCGGUCGAAGCAGUGACGGCUCAGACAGCUCAGACUCAGAUUGCACGUCUGCUGCCUCAGUGGCUCACUGGCAUCAUUGCGGUCUCCGCCUUCCUCUUCCUGGUCUUCGUCACGUUCCUGGUGAAAAGGGCCUGGUGUGACACGUCCAGCAGGGAGAAGACCACCGAGUCAGUGCGAGAAAAUCAAUUCGUCCUGACCGACAGAGUGACCUUCCCCUCCAGCGUGGACUCGGCCAGGGAGAAGACCAAAGAGCCAGUGAGCGAAAAUGUGGCCAACGAAAACCACUACGCCUCCAGCCUGGACCUCAUCAGAGAGAAGACCACAGAGUCAGCGAGACAAAAUGAAUCAGUUGGGACCGAAGAAGGCGACUACGCCACCAGCCUGAACCUUGUCAGGAGCAAAGACAACCCAAAAGCCUUCGACAACCCAGCGAUGGACAGCACUGACAGCAUAGUUUCCAGCAUGUGACCUCCUGCGCGUCAUCGUCACGAAGUGUGGACACAAAACACACAGAAAAUUCUGCUUUAUAACUAAUUCUGUUGAUAGAUGAUGUUUGUUUCGUCGUAGCUGUUGCCCCACACGGGUGGAGCUCACAGUGAGGAACUUCAGAUGUCAUCCAUGUUGAAUUUACCCACAAAUAUUUUCUCCAACUGAUUUUCUCUGUUUGUAUCUUCAAAUGGGAUGAUGUGGCUCAUCGGUCACUUUGCGAUGCAGAUAGUUGGCGUGUUUGCAUGUGUUCCUGCGUCACGUGUGGAUGCAGAGAUUCAGCCAAGCAGACGUCCGUCCUCAUUAAUGAGUCAUCUUUUCUAACAAGCUGCCGUCUCGACUCUCAUUACUGAUCAGUGAAACAAUGACCCGCCUCUAAUAAUUAGUGAAGUCUCCUCUUAAAGAAGCAGCAGCUUCUCUAAAGUCCAGUCCAAACACACUCAAGCUCGCACUCCGGCAGGGCACAUCGUGCUUUUAAUAAAACACACAUCAUUUAGCACAGCGAAGACGAUCAAUAAUCAGAACAGACAGAUCGUUCACAACAUUUGCACAGCUGGUUCAGCAGGCACAUCAGAGCCUCUUUGGGUCCCCGAAAUGGAAUCUGAUCUGAUCUGAUCUGAUCUGAUCUGAUCUGUGUGGGGAUGUCGGGUGAAGGACUUUGGUUCAGAGGCCGAGCUGCAUGUUUCAGCCUUUAACGGUUUCUCCAAGUUAGAGUGUGAGCAGCGAAUCUACUGGCCGUUAUCGGUGUGUCUGUGGUCUGAUCAGUGAUCGGCAGAGAAACAUCAGAGAUGUGUUUAGUCUUUCAGCAAUGCACUGUAAAAUGUCCCAAACUACAACAACUUACAACAAGAAAUCACACCGAGUCUGCAGCUGCAUCUCACCUCAUCUGGGAAAAAAGACCACGAGGACUUUCUGUCCAAUUCUUCUGUCAAACUUGAUCAAAAUGUCUCGCAAAUAAUAUCUGCCUCAUUCUGUGUUAGCUGGACUUCAGACUCUGAAACCUGGUUCAGUAUGUAGCAUCAUGACAGUUUGCAAAACAGUGACAAAAUUUACCCACAGACUUCAUGUACACGGACACAUAUUUUACAGUUUGUCGACCGUGACGGCACAAGUCGAAGAUAGACAAUUCGAGUCCACGUACAUGAAUUUCGUCAGCUGAUUUUUAUCCUCUGUGUGGUGCGAAACACUGACAUGCUGGUUGUGAGUCAUGGAAUCCUGUGGGUUUAUUUUUGAUUAUUUGACAAACUGCUGUGAUGCUGUGUUAUGAUGAUAUAACAUAUGUGUAACAUAUCCGCAUUAAAAUGUCCAAAAAUGG